CCGCCCCAUUAAUGAGGAAUGUUGUUGUGGUUGGGCAAUGUCUGCGUACUGUGGCAGUGAUCCUUCCCUCUGAGUGGUACGGAAUAGAUUGGGGAUUUGUUACAGGGAUGCUGAAUUUGAUUAGGGAAGAGUCUUCCCUGAUGAAAGGACAUGCUUUGUAGCACGUGGGCUGUGUCGUUGGUGACAAACUGCAGAACGUCUGCCUAGCUGGAGAUCUCUGCCCCUGCAUAAAGAGGUUCUUGCUCUAUCCUGGCAGAACUUGUUUGCCAGAAUGGAGAAGCAAGAGCUUGCCAUCAUCAUGCAGGUGGAAAAGGAGGCUGCGAGACAGCUCUUCAUCGAGCUGUAUGAAUAGCGUACAGGAGCUGUGGUGGUCCCGUGCUUUUUCAGCGUUCUUGGAGGAUUGGUGUGCUGGGCUCCGAUGGGUUUGAAUCUCCGAAGGAAAUAUUCAAACAAUCUCCUGGGGUUUUGGUGUAAUCAAAACCUUUUGCACAGAUGUUGAAAUAUCUGGGUUUGGGGCUACUCUUGUCAGAGUGAGGUGGAUUCUCUUCAUUGAGAUAAGGGGUUCAGGGGUGUGUCCGUCUUCCAAAAGGGGAGGGAAGCGAUGGAGAAGGGACAAUCUGUCUGUCUUGCAUAAAUUGCAGAAAAGCAGGAAGCUUGUUCCUCAUCUGGAGAGAUGAAAGUCGGCAGGAAAGAGGAAGGGGACUCUUGCCAAAAGACAAGUCCACACUCCAUGUCAAGAGUGAUGUGAUCAUACGAAAAAUUAGUUAAAGAGACAAAGUGGAGGAGAGGAGAGGAGAGGAGACUAUGACAAAGAGGAGAAGGAAGAAACAAUGCAGAAAUAAACGAGAAGUGGAGAAAUAAAAGGAAAGAGAGAAAACUGAAGAAACCAUAUCCUAUUUUAGUGACAUGUCAUUGAUGGUAUCACUGCACACAAAAAGAAAAGAAGGUGAGAAAGUAAGAAAGAAAGGAGGCAAAAAAAGAUUACAAAGAAAAGAAAAUAGGGUGAAGCCCUAAAUUACAAAAGUACACCAAGUAUAUAGCAGAAGAAUACAGGAAUAAAGGAGAAAGCUAAGAAGAAAUAUAUAUCCGUAAAUUAGCAAAGAAGAAAGGACGGAGAGAAACAGACGAGGUGACCAACACGCACCGAAAUUACCUCUAGAUGUGGUCCCUAAAAACGUCAGGCUUGCGGAGAGCACCGCGUCCAGCGCUGAUGUCCGUAAUUAGUGAUGAUCGCUCCUGUUUGAUGAUGUCCACCGCGGCGCCGGAGGCAACGAACGAUCUACCAGGAAGGCUAAGGAAGAGAGAAGGAUUGAAAAAUAAGGGAAUGAGGAGUAGACGAUAGGGCAUGACAAGGCAAGGACGAAAAUGACAACAAAGAGAAGAAAGGAGAAGUAAAAAAGAAAAAAAAAAUAGAAAAGGCAACUGGAAAACUGGACCAGGCUAAGGAAGGAAGACAAGGCAAGAAAGAAAGAAGGAGGAAAGGCAAAAGAAGCAAAGAAAUAGAGAAAGAAAUUCGACCACAGUAGAAAAACCAGCAGAGCAGACGUCCAUGACGGAGCGGAGGCACAGGCUCUGUGUCGGGGCGUGUGAGGCGGCGGAGCAGCGCACGGUGUCGCUGCAGGCUCAGGAACGGCGUGUGGGCGGCUCCGCCCCGGUGCGGCGGAGAGCCCGGCUGUGAGCGCGGGGGGGCGGCGCGGGCCGGGCAGCAGAGCCGGUGCGACCGGGCGGCGGCGGGGAGCCGUGCGGGGCCCGGGCCGGGGCCGGCAGGCAGAGCGGCGGGCAGAGCGGCGGCGGUAGGGAUGGAGGAGCGCUGUUGCGCGGCGGUGAUGCGGGUGCUGGUGCUGCAGGCGGCCUGGGCGCUGGCGGGCGGGCAGGUGCGCUACUCGGUGCCGGAGGAAGCCAAGGCCGGCACGGUGGUGGGCCGUCUGGCGCAGGACCUGGGCCUGGAGGCGGGCGAGGCGGAGGCGCGGCGGCUGCGGCUGGUGGCGCAGGGCCGGCGGGCGAGCGUGGAGGUGAGCGGGGCGAGCGGCGCGCUGCUGGUGAGCUCGCGGCUCGACCGGGAGGAGCUGUGCGGCAAGAGCGCGCCGUGCGCGCUGCGCCUGGAGGUGCUGCUGGAGCGGCCGCUGCGCGUCUUCCAUGUGGAGCUGGAGGUCACCGACAUCAACGACAAUGCCCCCAUCUUCCCCGCCGCCCGCAAAAACCUCAGCAUCGCGGAAUUCACCACUCUGCCGGGGUCUCGUUUUCCGCUGGAGGGCGCGUCGGAUGCGGAUAUCGGAGCGAACGCGCAGCUCUCCUACACACUCAGCCCCAGCAAACAUUUUAGAAUAGAAGAAGAAAACAGUAACUCUCGCAGUAAAUCCCUUUUUUUGGUACUUACGAAAGCAUUGGACCGCGAGACGAUUCCCGUUCACCGUUUGGUGCUGACGGCGACUGACGGUGGCCGGCCGUCUCUUACGGGGACAAUGGAGCUGGUGAUCUCGGUGCUGGAUGCAAACGACAACGCGCCCCAAUUCAACCAGUCCGUGUAUAAUGUAUAUUUGUCCGAGAAUGCCAUACAAGGUACAAUAGUGGCAAGGAUGAACGCCACGGACCUGGACGAAGGAACUAACAGAGAUGUGAAAUAUGAAAUCGAUACAAUUGUACCGCCCCGUGCCUCAGAUUUAUUCAGCAUUGAUGCGAACACAGGGGAGAUCAGACUGACGGGCGUACUGGACUUUGAGGAAAUUAAUUUAUACGACCUAAAUGUUAAGGCAACAGAUAAAGGGACACCCCCACUGUCGGGUCAUUGCAAGGUGGUGGUGGAGGUGCUGGACGUGAACGACAACGCCCCGGAGGUGUGGGUGACGUCGCUGUCGGUGCCGGUGUCGGAGGACGCGUCGGUGGGGACGGUGGUGGCCCUGCUGAGCGUGUCGGACCGGGACUCGGGGGAGAACGGUCGCGUGCGGUGCUGGGUGUGGCCGGCGUCGCCGUUCGGUCUGGAGGCGACGUUCGCGGGCUCGUACUCGCUGGUGCUGCGCGAGGCGCUGGACCGGGAGCGGGUGUCGGAGUACGAGGUGGAGGUGCGUGCGGAGGACGGCGGGGCGCCGGCGCUGGGCGCCCGGCGCGGGCUGCGGGUGCCGGUGUCGGACGUGAACGACAACGCGCCCGCGUUCGCGCAGGCCGUGUACACGGUGCUGGCGCGGGAGAACAACGCGGCGGGCGCGGAGCUGGCGCGGCUGUGGGCGCGGGACCCGGACGAGGCGGGCAACGGGCGCGUCAGCUACUCGGUGUGGGAGGGCGGCGCGGGCGGCGGCGGCGGGUGGCGGGCGGCGUCGAGCUACGUGUCGGUGGACGCGGAGAGCGGGCGUCUGUGGGCGCUGCAGCCGCUGGACUACGAGGAGCUGCAGGUGCUGCAGUUCGAGGUGCGCGCGGUGGACGCGGGGGAGCCGCCGCUGUGGGGCAACGCCACGGUGCAGCUCUUCGUGCUGGACGAGAACGACAACGCGCCGGCGCUGCUGCCGCCCGCGGGCCCGGCACCGGAGGCGGGCGCCGCGGCGGCCGAGGCGGCGGGGGCGGGGUCGGUGUGGGAGGCGGGCACGCUGUGGGCGUGGGCGGCGUGGGGGGCGCCGGCGGGGCAGGUGGUGGCGAAGAUCCGCGCCGUGGACGCGGACUCGGGCUACAACGCGUGGCUGCGCUACGAGCUGUGGGAGCCGCGGGGCAAGGGCCCGUUCCGCGUGGGGCUCUACAGCGGCGAGGUGAGCACGGCGCGGGCGCUGGACGAGGCGGACGGGCCUCGGCAGAGGCUGCUGAUCGUCGUGCGCGACCACGGCGAGCCGGCGCGCUCGGCCACGGCCACGCUCAGCGUGUCGCUGGUGGAGGCCGCCGAGGCGGCGCUGGCCGCGGCCGCGGGAUCCUCGGCGUCGUCGUCGGUGUCGCGGUCGGCGGCGGGCGUGGAGCCGGGGCCCGGCGGCGCGGCGAGCGCGGCGACCAACGUGUGGCUGGUGGUGGCCAUCUGCGCGGUGUCGAGCCUGUUCCUGCUGGCCGUGGUGCUGUACGUGGCGUCGCGCUGGGCGCCGCGGGCGGCCGUGCUCUCGGGGCCCGGGCCCACGACGCUCGUGUGCGCCAGCGAAGUGGGCAGCUGGUCGUACUCGCAGCGCCACAGCCGCAGCCUGUGCGUGGCGGACGGCGCGGCCAAGAGCGACCUCAUGGUUUUCAGCCCCAACUUCCCUCCGCCGCCGCCCGGCCCCGCGCCCAAGGACACGCAGCCGGAGCCCUCCGCGCUCCUCGACACGGUCAGUGGUCCUUCCUUCAUUCCCUUCUCUGCUCUUUCUCAUCCGUCCUCUUGAGUAGCUGCUCUUUGAAGCCGGGCUCAGUUCACACCGCUUAUGGCCGUUGAGUACUUAGCGGGUCCUUACGCGGAUGGCAAAGGUGCAUUUGAAUCUGUCACUACGACCUUGCUGGAGCUCCCUGCUGUUUUUGCAGGCGUCCAGAAUAUCAUAAGGCAGCAUCCGUUAGCAGUUCCUGUAGGCAGGUGAGGUUUCGUGCUCUAAAUAUGAGCUCUGCUCUUGAACUGAAUUACUUUUCGGUGCGACUAGAGGUGCCCGGAGGUGUGAGAUUUGCAGACAGUAAGGGGGUUCUAUUUCUCAUGUGUAGCAUUUCCACCCCAUUUGGCUGAAGGAGUUCAAGACAGCCAGGCUGUGUUGGUGACAGACGCGCAGGCGCUGUGGACAGCCUCAGUGCCAUUGCUGACUGAUAACCGUGCUGGCAUCCAUUUGUAUUUUUAUUGAAAACUGCCCUCCUCCUUUUUAAUUAUGGUCAUGUGGAGGUAUGAUGCAAGGUGUAAAGUGGAUAUUCAAGGACGAAAUUUCUCUAUUGUUCUGCUAUAAGACUCAUUUAGAAAAUAGGGUAGUUGUGGCCAAGAUUUCCUAUGAUCUUCCUAUGUUUGUUUUGCAAGUAUCCUGCUGUUAUGGUUAGCAGUAUAAAGCGUUCAGGGAGGAGAGUUUGACCAAGGUGCGUGUUUCACAAGGGAAAUUUUUCUGUUAUUUUGCUCCAGCUCACGUUCCAGAGGAUUUGCAUUUCUGACCGGAGAGCUAGUCAAGUAUACUGUUGUUUUUUGAUGUUCUCUCAAGAUUUGCAUCAAUUGACACAUCCACGAGCAAGACUUAAAAGGUCUUUAAAAGUGGAAAUUUUCACUUCUGUAAUGAAGAAAAGAACAAAUAACCUCCAAAAUCAAUGAAUCACCUUUCCCCACCAAUUUUUAAGUAACAUUCUACAACACAGGCAGUAUCAUGUAUUAGUGUCCUUGCCAGAGUUUUGGUGCUUGGAGCACAAAAUCAAUGCCAGUGCUGUUUAGAGGUUCCAACAUCACAUUUGAUAACUGUAUUCCACAUUAGGAAGCAUUGGAAAUCAUGAGGUGUCAGCCUCAGAACAUCUCUUAAGCACUGUGUUGGUGAUACCAUCCGUGGAUUUUUAUGGUGUGGCAUUGCUGGAAAGGAUAAGCAAUGGUCAUGCUGAACCUUGUGCUAGGAAAGGAAACUGUGAUCUGUUGUAUAGAGUAGGGGGUGGCCCUUUUCUGAUGGGAGGGGUGCCCAUGAGCAGCAGAAAGACUUGUGUGGGUAAAGUGGAAACCCUUGGGGAGACCAUGGAUCAUAAAAGAAAAUAUCAUGAGGUUAUAUAUUUGCCUUUAGAACACAUCUCAGAGUAGGAGAGCGAAGGAUUUGUAUAGCAAAGGGUGAGACAGGAUGGGAACAGAGUGUUCUUGUUGAGGAUGCUUUCCUAGGUCCUCAGGGUCUGGAGUGGGAGGCCUUCCUGAUAAUGAGAUGAGAGUGUGAUACUGAAAUGGCCACAAUGUCCCCUUACGAGUCUCUCCACCAGGGCCUGUCACUUCUGCUGCUGCCUGCCUGGUGUAGGCCAUGUGUUGGUAAGAGAUGGAGAGGGCAGAAUGUUGUCUGAGGAAGCAACUUCUUCAGGUUCAAGGUUUCAAGGUGUUGUGGGAGGGGAACACUUCAACUUGCUGUCCUUGUGUAGCCGUGGGCUUCCAUAGUAGUCUCCACAGCUGUAGAUUUUGUCAUGAUGAUUCCUUGCUCCUCCUCAGGUGGGAUUUACAGGGAUUUAUUUAUUACAUGUAGUUGUAAUCUUAUUGUGCUCAACUUCCUUUACCUGUGCACUGCACAAGUGGGCUCAGUAGAGAUGGUGUGUCCUGAUGUCACAUGUGGAUUGUCCUGUUAUCUGCAAGAACACCCAAAAAGCUGCAUGAUAAGCCCAGCUCAAGUGGUGCAAGCUGUUAACAUGGAUGACACCAUGAGUGCUCACGUGCUUUGGCACUUGCUGUGUUCCCUUGAAGGAGUAAAUCUGUGUGAAUUAGGAUCAGAGCUGUCACAGCUCUAAUCACAGAAUUUUUAAUAACUCUAACCUGCAGUUCUGUGGUGUUUCUAAGAUAGAUUUCUGAAGAGAAGCAAAGCAUUCACAUUGAAGAUCAUGUAGCUGGGAAGAGCUUUUAGACAUUCUGUACUUCUUUUGUGGGGAUCAUAAAGGAAGAUGAGGAAGUACAAGGUCCUGGAUCACAUGCAGAUGGGGUUUACAGGCAGGGCAUGUUGCUGAGGUUAAGCAAUGUUUGAUAUUUUGGCAGUGAUCCUGGGCGUGGCACUAAAUAAUGCCUGGGCUUGUGUGAUGGGGAGGGUGAAUUUCAGUGGGGAGGAGUGCUACCCCAGGGCAGUACAAAUGCUGAUUAGAACAUGGAUUGCAUCGCUGUGGAGGAACUGGAGAAUGUCUGGUUAGCUGUGGAGAUCUCAUUUCCCAUGCCUUGUGACAGAGGAUGCCAAUAGAAAGUCUUGAAAAAAUGCCCACCACAUGGUACUGCUCUUCUGGGAGCUUUUCAGGACCUCCAGCAGCUCUCUGUGUUCUUGCUUUCUGUUGUUCCCUGUGAUAUUACAAUUUAUGAAGUGACUUGCCAUCCAUGCCUUUAAUCAUUUGUCUUUGAUGUGCAAUUUUUCUUGGUAAAACAGAAGACUUUUUGAAAUUUGUGUCAUUCUGCCAGCCUUUCUUGGGCCAUGGCAUCAGUCAUCUUCCUGGUCUUGGUCUUCUAGCUGGCAUUAAGGGGCACUGUCCCUUGAAACAAGUACUCCUGGUGCUGGAGUUUGUUUUUCUGAAGCAGCAAGCAGUGAUGCUACAGGUGAGUUACUCCUUCCAGAAGAGGCUGUGUGUGAGAGACAGGUGUACUUUGGUUCUUGUGAUGCCUGAAGUAUUAGCUUUACUGAUAUAUUUUCCAUACUUUCCAGAUUCUGUACUGCAUUAGUAUAUUACUCUGAACUUUAUAUAAAGUGUUAGCAAGUUCCCCUCACUGUUCAGUCACCCAAAACAUUCCUUUUCCAGCCUGAGAACCAAGGACACCAUUGCAGCUUCAGACCCAAAAAGUGUAAACAGCAGUGAAUUGAGGAGAGCAGUCUGGGAAGAUGGGACUGCAAAACCUGGAGCUGUAAUUGGACAAUUAACCCCAAAAUGUAAAUGGACCAAAACUUAUAAAAGUGUGAAAACCCCUGACCAUCUUGGGUGUAGGCUCAGCCAGGCUCAUGUACUGCCCAAGGUGUAUCCUGUGAAGGCCUUUCAAUAAAUCCCUACUUUAUUCCUUUAACUCCAUCCAGUUUCUGUUCCAGCAGCCUCUCAAGGCAUCCCCUGUUUAUCUGUGCUAUCUUCACGUUGGAUUAACUAAAUAUUGCCUGCAUUUAAAUUCCUGUAGGUUUGGAGCACAUUUUGCUCUGUCAUUUGAUUCUGCUGCUUCCUGGCACAGGGUGAGAAGAGGGAAGCAAAGGCAGAUGAAGUGACCUUAAUGCUUUUCUAGAAGUAGAUGUGCUGGGCAUGCAGAGGAUGCUUUUUUAAAUAGCUCUGCAGGUGAAAAAUGAGUCAGGCAGAAUUGCUCUUCAUCCAUGGAAAUGAGGAAUGUGGUGUCAUCAUGCUUUUUUUUGCAGUAUUUGUUGUAGGAUUAUCAUGCUGGACUCUGAUGUGUUUGGUUUUGUAUCAGAGAGACUUCCUUGGGUCACUUAGACUAUAGGCCUUUUUUUGUAUUUUAUGUCUGCAUGGGUGGACUCUUCUCUGAUGUAACAAAGCUGUUCUCUUCUGUAUGAUUGCUUUGUGGAUUUAUUUCUGGGUCCUUGAUAUGACUGAAGGCUCCAAACGUGGAUUGGUCCUGAAUGAGGAGGAAGCUGCAGGUUCAUGGCAGUGGAGGAAAGCAAGAAAACUCUUUCCUGUCAUGAGGAAUGAGAGGUGGAAGGGGAGAGCCCUUUUGAUAAAGGGAAUGUCUGUGCUUCAUGACGUGGUGCUGCAGGUGUUUGAAAAUAAUUUCCUUACAUGGAAAAAAACACAAUAUGAGAGACAAGGAAGGCAACAACAGACAAAGGAAAUGGAAAAAGUACAGAAUGAGGAGGGAAAGAAAAAGCAAGAGAAAUAAAAAGAAGAUAAAACAGUAAAAGAAAAAGAACAAAGAAGUGGAAUAACUGAGGCAAUGGAAGGAAUCAUUGCAAGGAAGAGGAAUGAGAACUUUUUCCAAAGGACAUGUUCGUGGAGAGUAGUACACAAACCUUUGGAAAGAAUAUUAGUAAAGGAAA